CGCCGAGGAAAGUUCCGGUUCCGGUUCCAGUUCCGCUGAGGCACUUGUCCUUGUCUAGAGUUCGGUUGUCGCAGUUAGUGGAGAGCUGAAGUUGUCAAAAUGCUGCGGAACUUUCUGGCUCUUCGCCAGAUAUCCCAGAGGACUACAAAUGUUGUCCCAGUCAGGCAGUUGAAAAACAAGGUUCCAGAAAAACAAAAGCUAUUCCAGGAGGAUGAUAGCAUUCCAGUACAUCUAAAAGGUGGGAUAGGAGAUGCCCUACUGUAUAGAGCCACCAUGGUGUUUUCAGUUGUUGGAACAGUUUAUGCCCUUUAUCAGCUGGGCAUGGCUUCAUUUCCCAAGAAACAGAAUUGAUUCAAGUUUACCUCCAUGGGAAUCAGUUGAUUCAACUUCAUGCAGCUUUCCAGGGAACAAUAGCUGAGUUCAUUUUGGGGAUCAAUAUUUAUUGAACUGUACUAACUGCAAUCAAUAAAGUAGUUUUACCGUC